AUAUUUUUUUCGUUUUUUUAAUUAAAUCUAUACGAAAUUGUGCAUUUAUAUAUCUUGACCUCUAUAUCCAAAACUUUACCAAAAUCUCGAUUUAUAAUCUUAACUCAAAAGAAGAUCGAUCAACUAUUAUGGAGAACAAAUCGCCCUCCAAGAAAAACAAACCGCCAUCGUGCGGAUCACUCGUAACCAUCCUCAGCCUUGAUGGUGGUGGAGUCAGAGGAAUCAUCGCCGGAGUAAUCCUUGCCUUUCUCGAAAAACAACUUCAGGAACUCGAUGGAGAAGAGGCGAGGCUUGCGGAUUACUUCGACGUGAUAGCUGGAACUAGCACCGGUGGUCUUGUGACGGCGAUGUUGACUGUACCGGACGAGACCGGUCGACCUCAUUUCGCGGCUAAAGACAUUGUGCCGUUUUACCUUGAACAUUGUCCCAAGAUAUUUCCCCAGCCCACAGGCGUGCUUGCUCUGUUACCGAAGCUUCCAAAGCUUCUGUCUGGUCCAAAGUACAGCGGAAAGUAUCUGCGAAAUCUUCUGAGUAAGCUUCUUGGAGAGACAAGACUUCACCAGACCCUCACAAACAUUGUUAUACCUACCUUCGAUAUCAAGAAACUUCAACCCACUAUUUUCUCCUCUUACCAGCUGUUGGUUGACCCUAGCUUGGAUGUCAAGGUAUCAGACAUAUGCAUCGGCACUUCAGCUGCUCCCACUUUCUUUCCUCCCCAUUACUUUUCCAACGAAGACAGUCAAGGCAAUAAGACGGAGUUUAAUCUCGUUGAUGGCGCGGUUACUGCUAAUAACCCGACUUUGGUGGCCAUGACAGCUGUGUCUAAGCAGAUUGUGAAGAAUAAUCCUGAUAUGGGUAAGCUCAAGCCGUUAGGUUUCGACCGGUUUCUCGUUAUAUCGAUAGGAACAGGAUCAACAAAAAGGGAAGAGAAGUACAGCGCAAAAAAGGCUGCAAAAUGGGGGAUCAUAUCUUGGUUAUAUGACGAUGGAUCUACUCCGAUAUUAGACAUUACCAUGGAAUCAAGCCGCGACAUGAUCCAUUAUCACAGCUCUGUUGUGUUUAAAGCCCUACAAUCUGAAGACAAGUACCUCCGAAUCGAUGAUGAUACAUUGGAAGGAGAUGUAAGCACUAUGGAUCUAGCGACAAAGUCUAACUUGGAGAAUCUUCAAAAGAUUGGAGAGAAGAUGCUGACAAACAGAGUCAUGCAAAUGAACAUCGACACUGGUGUAUAUGAACCUGUUGCUGAAAAUAUUACCAAUGAUGAACAGCUAAAGAGGUAUGCAAAAAUUCUCUCGGACGAAAGGAAAUUAAGGAGACUAAGAAGCGACACAAUGAUUAAAGAUUCAUCAAAUGAAUCACAAGAGAUAAAAUAAAAGGAAAUCAUUCGUGCUUUUGUGUGAAAUUGUUUGUUGCAUAUGUUUUACGUGGUGACGUCCAUUACUUUAUAUGCUGUGAGAUGAAAUUUUUUAAAUAAAAUUGGUUAUCUAAAUUUAGUUCUACAAGUAAUAAGAUGAAACAGCAGAAGGCCAGAAGCUAAUCCUGAGAUCAUUUUAUUCUAUGACAAGUGUACUCAGAACAAGUCUCUCGACAUGGAGGGAGAUAUAGGUCCUAGAUUCAAACUCUAUUACAAUAUAUUUUCUUCGUAAAUUUAGCUCAUGACAGCUCAAGCUAAACCUACAUUAAAAUAAUUCCACA